UCAGUCGUCUGUAGUCAUCGUCAUGAAAACUAUUAGUAUUACGCUGAUUUUGGCCUUCGGGGUCUUUGCAGAGCCGCCCCGAGCUUUCAAUAGCUUGUGUUCUUACUUAGAAGAAGAAAAGGAAACUGUUUCCAGUCUUGGCAACACCAAGAAAUGUUUUGCACGCUAUAUGCCGGAAUUGGAAAAUGAAGGAUCUACUUGGGCGCAGGGAUACAGUGGAUGCCAGAAAAGUGCCACCAGUGAGCGACAGUCAAUGCUAACAAAUGCCUCGGAGGCUCAGGAAAAGAUCCGAGAAGCUGCCUUAAGUAUGAGUUCCUACAUUGACCAGUGUUUGACAUUGACGGAGCCCAUGGAUUUCUUCCAUUGCUUUGCAAGAAUGUCCAAGCUCCAACUGACCAAUGUCUACAAUAUUUCGUUUAAUGCCUCUGAACAGGCUUUGAUCCUAAAUCAGAAAUUGGGCACCAUCGAAGUGGAGCACUAUCUGUGCACAAAUCAAACUGAACAUGAUUAUGUCCAAGGAACCGAUAAGAUCUUUCGAUCAUUGGACCAAUGUCUCCAACAGAUUGCAACAAAUUAA